ACCCAACCGGAGGAAGCGGAACCACCUGACUCGGGGACCCAAGAGACGGAGCGUUUGUUACUGGGAGGACUCUUUCUCAAGCGUCACGUGACGCAGAACGGGGAGCGACGUCGGUGUCGAAGGCGGAAGUCGGGAUGGCGGCUUCGGAGCCCGCCUGAGCGGCGAUAAGGAGGAAUCGGGGCGCUUUCGCGGGAAGCCAGGCAUGGCGAGCACGGGAGGGGCCGGGGUGGUGGCGGCCCUGUGGGCCUUGCUGCUCCUGGCGGCCUUCGCGGGUCAGGGAGCCGUCGUCGCCCUCACUGGAACCACCCCGGAGCCCGAGCCCGAGACGAAGAAUUCUGAGGAUGUCCGAUGUAAAUGUAUCUGUCCUCCUUACAAAGAGCAUACAGGCCAAAUUUACAACCAAAAUGUUUCACAGAAAGACUGUGACUGUCUUCAUGUUGUAGACCCUAUGCCAGUUCCCGGGCCAGAUGUGGAGGCAUAUUGCUUACGUUGUGAAUGCAAAUAUGAAGAAAGAAGCACUGUCACGAUUAAAGCUACCAUCAUCAUAUAUCUGUCCAUCUUGGGUCUCCUCCUCCUAUACAUGGUGUAUCUCACCUUAGUAGAGCCUAUCCUGAAGAGACGCCUCUUUGGACACUCACAGUUAAUACAAAGUGAUGAAGAUAUCGGGGAUCACCAGCCCUUUGCAAAUGCUCAUGAUGUGCUGGCUCGUUCCCGAAGCCGUGCCAAUGUCUUGAACAAAGUGGAGUAUGCCCAGCAGCGUUGGAAACUCCAGGUCCAAGAACAGCGCAAAUCUGUGUUUGACCGCCAUGUUGUGCUCAGUUAAUUGAAUAUAAUUAAGUUUCUCCAACUGGUUUUGGGAGAAAAAGAAAAUGGACUACAUAAAACACUGAUUUGUUGUGUUAGCUACUUCAGAAGGAUAUUUUUUGCUCAUUAGUAGCAGAAAAGCGUUUAAAGGGAUGGUGAAAACACCAGGGGGAGGAAGGUGUUGCUCUUUUAACAAGCCAAAAUCUAACACUGUACACUAUUAAAUCACUUUUACUAAUAAAAUAUGAGCAAUUAUUUGUGUGAUAAUGUUGACACUGAGACAUGAUUUAUUAUGGUUCUUAAAUGCUACUUUCACAAAUACUGUAUCUAUAUGGAGAAAAACAGAAGCAGCAUUUCUCUUGCAAAUGACUUUUGUAUAUAUAUGUUUUUCUGGUCUGCAGAGUAUUCAGAAUGUCUAUCUUGCAGUCUGGCUUUCUCAUCUAAAACUGACUGGCUAUAUACAUUUUGUUGCUUGUAUUGUUCUUUGAAAAUACAAGGUGAAGCUUAAGUGGGCAGAGAUAUGAGCUGGAGCCUUGAACUAAUGCAUAAAGAUAUAAUUGAAACUUAAUGCAGUGCAUAUUAGGAAAAUUGUUGGCAUCCUAUUUUUCUUGCUAAAUGUUCUGUGUGGUAUCUACAGACAUUCAUGUUUAGAUUUUGGUUGUUGAACAAUACACUGUUUUUCAAAAUUGACUUAAUAAUGGAAUGCAAAUAAAUUAUUCAGAAUCUUCUAUUGCUCUAAGAGCUGUAUUCUAAAACUGAUUCUGGCUCAGAGGUAUGUGGCUGUUGUAUAAUCAGCUCUUAUAUACAGUAUGUGCUCUGAAAUUUGAUUUCUGUAACGUGAAAGAUUUUAAAAUCUAAUUCCUUGGGUUCUGAGUCCUCUGGCCCAAUGCAUUUGGUGUCCUUAAAAGCAUUUGUACCUGUGAGCUGAGAAGCUAGCUUAAAGGUUCUGUAAGACUUCAGAUGACUGCUUCUGGCACAACACACUCUGCUGUUUCAGAGAUACAUUGUAUCUUUCUCAAAAUGGUAUAUUGCUGUUGGCUGGCAAAAUACAUUCUUUCUCUCACCUGCUCUGCUAGUGUGUCAAUUGCAACUGUGGUUGCCCUGUGAAAAGUGUUGCAUGAAUGCUUAUAGGCAUCUUUUGGAUAGUGCCCAUAACACCUACAACAGACAAGGGUUUAUUGUUCAUUGAAUUUGUAUACCACUGUUUCACAGCAGUGCUUAAAGCACUGUACAACUAAAAAACCCCUAUUAGCCAAAAUACAAUUAAAAUAGGAAAAAAACCCACCCUGAAACAUACCAUGGGGGCAUAAUUCCUGUCCCUCUCCCCUCCCAAGAUUGGUGCAGCAAUCUUGAGCUAUUUUUGCAAUAGCUGUUUAAUUUUAGAAACAGUAUAUUCCCUGACUUUACUACUGCAACAUGAGAGGGUUCAUCCAACACUCUGUCAAGAACAGAAUGAAAGCCCAGCUAUGCUAUUCCUUUUCCCUUCCCGAGUAAAGCCGUGCACCACUUUUUAGGACUUUUGUACUGUUUUUAUCUCUGAAGGCUGUACACUCCUUCCUUUCCUUUAAGCAGGGCUGCUCAAUUCUGCCCCCCCCCCAGUGAUUUUUGAACUACAACUCCCAUUGUCCCCAACCACAGUGGCCAGUAGUCAAGGAUUAUGGGAGUUGUGGGCCAACAUCUGCAGGAGGGCCAAAGUUGAGCAGCCCUGCUUUAGAGCAGGGAACAGGACAAAGUUCUCCUUGCAGUAAUACUUUCAAAAUAAGUUUGCAUACAGAGAUAUAUUAAAAUGAGAACUUCUCUAAAUCUUGACAGAAGCCUAUGAUAUUGCUUUAACUUAUGGUAGAAUGUUUAAAUAUGGCUUUGGCCAGUAUGGAUAUUUGAGGCUACUGUAUGAUGGAUAUUUUAAUACACAAGUUAUGUGUUGACUUAUUUGGUUAGAACACCAUUUCUAAAAGCCCUGGUUGUAAUCUAGGGCCAUAUGCAGAUAUAGGCCUGUAGCCUUUCCAUUGCAGCUUUCAGCUCAGUACCAGGAGCCAUAUUUGGUAGUGAAGUUGCCACUGCUUUUUGAAUAUCAGCCCCCUGUUAGGAACCAGUGUAACUCUUUUUGCUUGAUCAAGUUCAUACAAUCUCACAAACCCUGUGUUCACUUGCACUUUCAUGUUGGAGAAAGCUGAGCUUAUUUGCAAAUAUGCUUAUCCUUUGAUGGUGUGAGGGCAUGUGAUAUAGCCCCCUUGCUGAAGCUAAGCAGCUGGUCUGUCUGGUCAAUGCCUGGAUAGGUGGCCACUGGGGAGCCCCUUGUAAGUUAGCUUGAGUUCCAUGAUGGAAGAAAGGUGGGAUAUAAAUGUAAGAAAAUACAUUGCAAUACAUUGCAAAUGUAAGAAAAUACACAUGCAUAGUUUGGCUAUUGCAAAGAAUGGACUGGCUUUGUGACCACAGAGAAGUUAUAACUGUGAUCCUAAAUCCACUGUCCCGUUCUAAUGGGACUAUCAGUUAAAUAUAUCUUACAGUUCAGGACAGAACUAGUAUACCCACAGAAGACUGAAAUGUGAGACCAGAUUGCCUUUUGCAACCAUUUCAAGAGUUGCUGUAUCACGUGCACUGCAGCAGUAUCACUGCCUUCAGCAUGGGACAUGAAACACAGUUUUGCAUCUGUUGUAUGUGUUCUGGUAAAUCUAACUCGGUGAAAGUUUAUCUUCAAUAAAUGCUCCAAUAUCC